AUGACGAUAUUGCUCCUGCUGCUGAUUGUGGCUGUUCUGGAGCCCUCUGCUCAGAUUUCUAUUCCCAAGGCUGUCAAUGGGACAGUUAACAGUGAAGGAGUAUGUGUCUGCACAGUGAUAUUGCCUGAUGACACAUUCCCAGUGGAAAAAAUGGAAUAUUUGGAAGCAACAACGACGGAGCUCAGUAUCAGUGUCCAAAGUGAAAUCAGCAAGGUGCAACAAUACGCACAGAUUAUCUCAAUGCACACAGUGAAGCUGCUGAAUCUGACACAGCGAGUGGAGAGCAUCGAGACAGGAGGCUCCUACACCCAGCUCGACUUUGAGCUGCUUAAACUGGAGAUCCAAGAGCUGGUGUCGCUCACCACUCAGCUGAAGGUCACGAUCAAUGGAAGCAACACCAUCAUCGAGCAGCUUUACAAAGAGAUCGAGAACAUUUCACUCAUCGUCCGCCAGCUGGAAUCGUACGACAAGAACAACGUCCUGCAGAUCCGCAAGGAGAUUACGGCUCUGAAGGAGCGCCUGGCAGAGUGCGAGAAGAACCAGGCUGCAACAAACCCUCCGCCCAUUGAUUACGGGAGCUGCAAACAUGAUGGUCUCAUCAAUAUAACAGAGCCUUUCGUGACACAGCUGAACUGGUUGGGAUCGAGUUACAGAUAUGGAGCGUGGGGCAAAGAUCCCACUCCCGUGUCCACUAAAAAGGAACUGUAUUUUGUGAUGCCAAGCAGCAAUGAACGAGAAUUUGCCACCUUCCGACUGCAUCCUUCAUACGAUGAUUUACUGCUCUACAAAAAUGGAAUUAGCAAAACAUUUGGUUAUUACGAUAAAGCGCAGGGAAGCGGGAUGGUUUUAUACAACAACUCCUUGUAUUACAACUGUUACAACAGUAGGCAAAUGUGCAGGUUUAAUGUAGACACAGGGACUAUCGAGAAAUGGACACUGACCAACGCAGCCUACAAUAAUAGGUUCUCUUAUCAGAGUGUUAAUUACCAGGACAUGGACUUUUCUGUGGAUGAAACUGGUCUAUGGGUCAUUUACUCCACUGAACAAAAUGCUGGGAAUAUGGUUAUUAGUAAGAUUAACACAACCUUAUUCACUGUGGAGAGGACAUGGGUCACUAAACAGUUCAAACCUGGUGUGACCAACGCCUUCAUGAUCUGUGGGGUGUUGUAUGCGAUUAAACCAGUGAGCACAAAACAGGAGGAGAUUUUCUAUACGUUUGAUACCAGGACUGGUGUGGAAGGUAGGGUUGCUAUAAAGAUGGAUAAAGUGAUGGAGACAAUACAGAGCGUCAGCUACAACCCCUCCGAUCACAAGCUGUACGUCUUCAAUGAUGGCUACCAGCUGACUUAUGAUGUGAUAUUUCAACCUGAUCAAUAA